AUGACCACACAUGAUUCAUCCAUGAAGCCAAUUACCAGCCCUCUAGGACCCCCGAGCAAUACAACCGCAAUAUCAAACUCGACCCCUGCGAACCACGCCACCCGUCACGCCCACCUAGUCUACGUAGGAAGGGAUCUAGGUAGGCCACUGAAACUGUACAUCUACCUCCACCAAAAGAUGACCAGUACGCACAUCUGUGAUUCUUAUUAUCCCCAACUUACAACCGGCAUAACACGCCGUGGGAGGGCUGUACGCUCACCCGAGUUCAUGUUGGAGGAACUUGGCUGGUUCUCUAAUCCAGUUGAUUUCGUACCUAUAUGCAAGAGUCAGCCCGUUCAAGAGGCUCCUUCGAGUCAACCAGAUCAGGACGUGACAUUCAAUGCUUGGAAAUUGGCUCUGCUGAACGAUUUGGAGCAGAAUUAUGGACACCUUUGGUCCCGGAAUGAGGAUAAUGUAUUAUUCUGGCCACCGAGGGAUUCUUCAAAAGUUCUGUGUCAUGCUUGCGGAGAUUUUGCACGCUGGGUGCAGGGCCUGUGA